ACGAAUAAUUUCCGUAAAAUAUCCAAAUAAUGGCAAUGCGCAUGCGUAAGACGCCGAGUGCAUCAAAACACACGAAUUUUUUAUCCAAUGUUUGUUGUUCUUGUGUUUGUUUAAAACUAAAAAACAUACACGUACAAAUUAACUUUGUAUAUUCUUGUGUCCGAAUAGUUUCGUGGACCUAACUUUCGUUGUCAGAGCAGUGUGUGGUGUAACUCUCAGUAAAGACAGGUUAUACAAGCACUUCAGAACAUGGACGAGGAGGAGGAAAUCAACUACAACUCGUGUCUGGGCCAGAUAAUUAAGUCAUAUGAAAAAUUGAAUAAAAAUCCCACAAUAGAAGCUGGGCUCAGUGAGCUAUUAGAUGUGUUGAUUGCCAAACUCAAUGAUACAGAGGAGUAUACAAGAAAUGGCAUAUUCAGUGUUAACUUUGUGGAGGCCUCUUUGGUUAUUCAAAGUGCAGCUCAGUUAUAUGGCAAGAAAGUUGACCUGCUCUGGGAUCAUGUGUUGGAAUUUCAUGAAAGGAUGAUCUCUUAUGACAAAACUGAAAAUGUGGAAGAAAUCAACAAUUUGGAAGAAAGAAUCAAUCGAUAUCGACGAAAGAAGCGGCGUCUUAAGCUGCCUAAAGCGACCGCACCAGUUAGUUUUCUUGUUAAAAAGGACAUAUCCAAUCCUGAUGCCCUUUGUGAUGGCAACCUACAUCUAGAUUGGAGUGUCCCAAUGCAUGUUGAAGAAAGGACGUACGAGAGUAGAUUGUUCUAUAGAAAUAAAUUGAACGACUCGCUGAUCAAUAAUUUUGUAAUAUAUGAUAAAGAAGCAGACAGGCUUUAUGAAGAGCCUAAUAUUAAAAUGGAUAGGUGGCCAUGUUGUAAGGAUUUUAAUUUUCUGUAUGAUAUUUGUGAUAGAAAUUACAUUAACGAGCCCACUGAUAUUCAUUUGAUAACAAAGGUACGAACGGAACUUGAUUUAAUAUUUCGAUAUAGAUUGGACAAAGAUAUCGACUGCAACGUACCACGAAGUACAUAUGAGAAAGAUCUUAAAAACUGGGUUCACGAUUACAUAACAGCUAGAAGGGACAAUUUAUCAUUGGAAAUAGUGCAAAGACGUAAAAAAUUGUGUCCGGCCGAAACUGUUAUCAAUAUCCAGCGGCUCCCCGACGCAUUGGUAAUUGAAAAAUUAAGACGGAUAAGUUACCCUGGUGGAUGUAUUGAAGCCGAGAAACGAUUAAACUAUUUGGACCAUCCACCUGAUAUAACAAACGUGGACUCGUCUUCAUCCGAAGACUGUUUCAUAACAAUUCAUCCAUUAAAUUAUGAAGCAGAUAUGUCCUGUGAUAAAAACCAGGGAGGUGAUAAACUGAAAUUGAAUGUAUUAAAUUUACCUACCGAAUGCCUCGAUGAUUCUGCCUUUCACGAAUCUGACAUGUCCGUUGAAUGUGAAAAUACAGAAUUAUCUAGUGUUCACGAUGAAGGUAUUGAAUUGUCAGUUGUUGAUAAAAUGAACAGUCAAAAUGAUGAUAAUUCUUCUGCCAUGGUAGUACCAGAGCAGGAGUCCUGUUUGACAAAAUCCCUCCAAGAAAUUACCAAUCCAUCAACACCAUUACUGUUGGAUGUUAGGAGAAGUUCGCGAGAAAAUAGAGGAAAAAAGUAUGCAAAAUUUAUGUCAGAGAUGAAUCCAGAGACCUGCAAAAUAGUACAAAAACCUGAUACAAGCAAACUUCAACCUGCACAGAAUUUGAACAAAAAAAGACAAAUUCAAGAUGUACAAGAUAAGAAUGCAAAAAGAAGAAAAUCGUCCAAGAAACAACUUGAGAAGCUAGCACAACCUAUUCUAUCAACAAAGAUGAGCAAGUUUGAGAAGUUCUAUUAUUUAAAUUAUAAUUUGGGGGAAGAUGAAGGUGAAUUCCCCGAACUUGUUGAGGACGAAAUCGAUGACACUUAUGAUUGUUUAGGUUCUCCGGAUCUUUUUGAUGAUGUGACAAGCUGUCCUGUUGACGUACAUCUUGACAUAAAUUCAUCACAACAUAUUAAUGACAUAAACGACGAAUUAUAUUCGCCUGAUUUGAAUUCGGAAACUCGAAAUACUAUGAAGGCGUCUCAAGAUUCAGGAAUCGGUGUAUCGGUCGACAAUGAUUUUGACUUGGACUUGGACGAUACGAUGAGGGCCUCUGACAGUUACGGCGACGGUUGUGCGGAAACACAUUUAAGCAACGAGGCAAGAUUGAAAGCUCUUAAAAAAGAAUCGCGAAUUAACAUUAAAAAUUGGAAGUCGAUGAUUACACCAAAAUUACAGGCCCUCGAAAAUGCCGAAUUCGACAUACAUGCCUAUGGGUCAGACAUCAUCGAUAAUAUGGAGGUAAAUGAGGUGAAGAAAUUUAAAGAUGUCGUUCGAGGAAAAUCGUCCAAAGAAGUGGUGAGGUAUUUCAUUUCGUCGUUGCAGCUUGCAAACACUUACAACAUUGAAAUUGGAGGCGCCCAGCAAGGACGGAUUUCAAAUGAUACAUUCAGUAUGAAAUUGUUAACUAAAGAGAGGCACCAUGAACAUUUAAAUGAGUAUGAGGCACCCUCUGAGGAAGCUUUCCGUGAAAAUUUCAAAAAAAUUCAAGAGAUGAAAGGCAAAACUCAUUUGCAUUCCACACCCAGUAAAAUACAUCCGAAAAAUAGAUCCAGUGAAGGAUAUUAAAGAUUACAGGUUUUUUUUAAUAUUCUUCGUCUAGCGAUUAAAUGUUAAUUAUUUUUACUGUUAAUACUUAUUAAUAGUAAACACCUAGAUUAAUUGGUUCAAUUUGAGUAAAAAUGAAUUAUAGUUUUUCAAUUUUGCGCAAACGCACUGUACAAAGAAAAAAAUAUUCUAUUAUGAAUUAUUAUAAUUUAUGGAAAAUAUUUUUUUAAUAAAAUAUUAAAUGUAUAACUGAUAUAAAUUUUGACUAAACGUCCAUUUUAGAAAAUAAUUUUGCAUUCAGUUAUAACUUGUUAAAUCAUGAAAUAUUUAUUUAAAUCAGUAUUGUAUGUUCUUAGAACACUUCAUUCCAAAUCACCAAAGCUUCCUUUGUUAUUAUUUAUUUCAUAUAUAAUUAAAACAGAAUUUGACCUAAAAACUGUAUUUUUUGUAAAUAAUAAAGAUGUUUAAAUUUCUAACUGUGAUCAAAUUUUAUUAUAAUGAUUUGAUGUACCUUGCUUAUUUAAUUAAACAAAGCUUUCUUUUCUUUUGUAUUUUUUUUAUAUAUUUGCGAUUCCAUGUUUUAC